UCUGCAAUUUGCGUGGACUCACCGAACGCCCCAAUCGAGUCUCCCGUACUCUUCUUCUUCUUCUUCUCGGCGUUGGAGUCGCAGUUCGUGAUUCGAGGUUCGGCGUACCGCCUGUGGUGCUUAGAGACCUGAUCGAUUGGUAGAGGGAGAACGCGAAGGAUAGCGUUUGACGUCUUCGAUGGUGAGAGAGACCGAGUACUACGAUGUUCUUGAGGUCAGCCCCUCGGCCACCGAGUCCGAGAUCAAAAAGGCGUAUUACAUGAAGGCCCGGCAAGUUCAUCCAGAUAAAAAUCCCAAUGAUCCUAACGCAGCCCAGAAAUUCCAGAUAUUGGGAGAGGCUUACCAAGUUUUAAGUGAUCCAGCACAACGACAGGCAUAUGAUGCUCAUGGGAAAGCAGGAGUCUCAACCGAUGCAAUCAUCGAUCCAGCUGCAAUCUUUGCUAUGCUUUUUGGCAGUGAGCUUUUUGAGGAAUAUAUAGGUCAACUUGCCAUGGCAUCAAUGGCUUCUCUGGAUAUCUUUACAGAAGGGGAACAGUUUGAUGCUAAGAAAGUGCAAGAAAAAAUGAGGAUUGUUCAGAAGGAAAGAGAAGAGAAGCUUGCACAAACAUUGAAAGAUCGGCUAAACCAAUAUGUCCAAGGAAACAAAGAAGACUUUGUCCGUCAUGCUGAAGCGGAAGUAGCAAGGCUUUCCAGCGCAGCUUAUGGUGUGGAUAUGUUGAGCACGAUUGGCUACAUAUAUGUGAGACAGGCAGCUAAGGAGCUUGGAAAAAAGGCAAUAUAUUUGGGAAUGCCUUUUAUUGCAGAGUGGUUUAGAAACAAAGGACAUUUCAUAAAAUCUCAGGUCACAGCAGCUACAGGUGCUAUUGCUCUGAUCCAGCUCCAAGAAGACAUGAAAAAGCAACUCAGUCAAGAAGGAAACUAUACCGAGGAAGAACUUGAAGCGUACAUGCAAUCUCACAAGAAGUUGAUGAUUGAUUCUUUGUGGAAGCUUAACGUUGCUGACAUUGAAGCAACUCUUUCCCGUGUUUGUCAGAUGGUUCUUCAAGAUCCCAACGUCAAGAAAGAGGAGCUCCGGGCACGAGCAAAGGGAUUGAAAACUCUUGGUAAAAUUUUUCAGAGGGUUAAGUCAGUCAAUGGGAAUGAUCCUGAGGCUCUGCUCACGGAGAAAAUGAAUGGAAGUGAUUCAAGUAAUGACCCGCGCUCGCCUAGUACGUCAUCAACACCGAAAUCUUUCUCUGAAGAGCAGUCCUAUGCUUCACGUGAACCGCAGAGCCCCUAUGUGGAGGCCCCUAGUAUUGGUGGAGCACCAGUUAACCUCGACUUCCCGAGACCAACUGCACCACCUGGUGCAUUUAGACAUCCUUCGUCGGGCAGGGAUUGACAUGGACGGUGAGAGUACUUGAAUCAUUUUCUCCAUUACUGCAUGGCCCGUCAUUUUAUGGGUAUUUAGGAAGGAUUUUUUUUUUUUUUUAAAUGUUGAACCUGGAUGUGUUUGUAAUCAGACGUCUGGAUGUUGUUUUCUGCUUGAAAGCGCGUUUCAUUUCUGGCCUCCAGCUGCACAGGCAUUAUAUGCAUGUAUCCAUGUGGACAAAACAGAAGCAUAUAUACAAAGGGAUAGGGAGUGGUAUUAGGCGUUAGUGUCUUCUUUGAUUGUCAUUAGGUGGCUGAGAUUGGCAGCCUUAUAUUUUGUAUUUUGUAGUUUCAGAGCAUGAUGCUUUUGUGGUCACAUUCUUUUCCUUUCCUUUUUUGGGUCGUCACUCCAUGGAGAUACAUGUAUUAUUUUUCACAUAAGAUGGAUGGAUCGAAACUUGUUUGUAAUAUAGUUUGCCGAAUGAACAGCUUGCCCAACAA